AUGGCCCCCUCUAGAAGAAACUCCUUUGUUCAUCUUUCUCGCUCAAACUCACUCGAGUUUAUCUCCACUGCUGCGCCUAAGCUUGAAACCGCAGUCGACCGCUCAGUCCCAGACCAUGAGCCUGCCGAAAUUGAUGAGGAAACAAAGUACUUCCACAACAACCCAGCUCCAAGCUAUCUUCCCGAAGUCAAGAAGAAGGUUUCCGACUUUAUUCAGUCUCACGCUGGAAAGCGUCCAAUUGCUCUUGUGACGUCUGGAGGAACUACUGUUCCACUGGAAAAUAAUACCGUCCGCUUUAUUGAUAACUUCUCUGCAGGUACUCGUGGUGCCACUUCCACCGAGUACUUCAUUGCCAAUGGCUACGCAGUCAUUUUCCUCCACAGACAGUUUUCUCUGCUGCCUUACUCCCGCCAUUAUUCCCAUACCACCAACUGUUUCCUUGACUAUCUGGACGAAGCUCCCGAUGGUACAGUCCAAAUCUCACGUCAAUAUCAGGACCAGAUCCAGCCUGUGCUGCGUGACUACAAGCGAGCUGUUGACCAAAACCUGAUGCUGUUUGUUCCCUUUACUACUGUUAACCAGUAUCUCUUUACUCUUCACCUCAUUUCCCUGGAACUUAAGCCUGUGGCCCAUUCCUCUCUCUUUUACCUUGCUGCUGCCGUUUCUGACUUUUUCUUGCCCACAUCACGAGUCUCCGAACACAAGAUUCAGUCCAAGGGUGGCUCUGGUCAAUUGACUGUUGACCUUGAUCCAGUCCCCAAGUUUCUUAAGCGUCUUGUAGAGCAAUGGGCGCCGGGUGCCAUGAUUGUGUCUUUCAAGCUUGAAACUGAUGAGUCAAUCUUGCUAUUCAAGGCUCGUCAAGCUUUGACCCGUUACGGCCACCAACUUGUCAUUGGAAACUUGCUCCAGACUCGCAAGUUUGAAGUCAUUUUUGUUACGAAUGAUGCCGUUACGCCAUAUCGCAUCAGCAAGGAGGACGAAGAAAAUGGCAAGGAAAUCGAGGCCUUGAUUGUGCCCAAUGUGGUUGAGCUUCACAAGAAGUGGAUUGCCAGUCACGAGUAA